AUGAAAGUCAUCAGCACCAUCCUCGCCGCCUCCAGCCUGGCCUCCCUCGGCAGCGCGCACAUGGAGAUGAAGAGCCCUCCCGCUCUGCGCUCCAGCUUCAACCCCAACACGGGCGACAACGUCGACUACGACAUCCGAUCGCCGCUCAACUCGGACGGCUCCGACUUUCCGUGCAAGGGCGACCUCGGGCUGCUCAGCACGCCCGCGGGCCGGCCCGUCGCGACCUGGGCGCCCGGCGGCACCUACUCCUUCGUCAUCCACGGCAACACGCCGCACGACGGCGGCAGCUGCCAGGCCUCGCUGUCGUUUGACGGCGGCCGCACCUUCAAGGUCGUGCACUCGUACGUCGGCAACUGCCCCGUCGACGGCGACUCCAGCUACCAGUUCACGCUGCCCGGCGACACCCCCGCCGGCCAGGCGCUCUUUGCCUGGAGCUGGUUCAACAACGAGGGCAACCGCGAAAUGUACAUGAACUGCGCCGUCGUCACCAUCGCCGGCGGCAGGACGCGCCGCGACGCUGCUCCGCUUGCCGGCAGGCCUGACAUGUUUGUCGCCAACGUCGGCAACGGCGUCUGCACGUACGAGGGCACCGAUCUCGAGUUUCCCCAGCCCGGCCCGGAUGUGACCAGGAACACGCGACGUCCGCAUGCGCCUGGCCGCGGCACUUGUGAUAUCUGGGGCGGCGGCGACGACCAGUAG